CUCGAGGCCCGCGGCGCAUGAGGUCUAACAUCUUUAUAACAUCCAAAUCCUCCAUGCUUGCACGACCUGACAACAUUCGUUACCUGCUUCGUUUCCCUUCUACAUAUUGUCGUAUGGCGCGCAGCAACCUGUAGCCCUCUUGCGGCCAUAUAUCAGGUGUUCGCACGAUUUCAUCCCUCACGGACGGAGGCCAUCACUCAUGUUUUCCGCCUUCGCGUCCACGACCGACACAAACACCCUCGAUGACGACUCCGACAUGUUCGAUCAGUCUCACAAUGACUUUCUGUCGCUGCCAAUGUCGCAUGAAAGCAUACAUCUGAAGGGUGGCAUCGCUCCCAUGCCUGAGCUUGGUAACAUUGCCUAUGGCAGAGAAUCGGCAACAUCGUCCGUGCACUAUGGCGAUGCCAAUGACACAUCGGAACUCAUCCAUCAAAGCGGCAGAGCCGAGGUAGAUGAUUCUACGCCUGGGGCUUUCUCGAACACAUAUGGCCUCAACCUUACUCCGUCGCCACUGCCGUAUCCAAAUACGCCACACUCAACAGUGGAGAAUGGGUCACACGGCAUCAACGGGGUUUGUUCAAAUCAAACUGACAUAUUAGUAUCAAAACCUGUCGAAGGAAAUGUCUCGCAUCAUGAAGAUGGGCUCUCAAGUCUGAAGGAUACUUUUCUCAAGCAUAACUUCAUGACAAGAACGCCACAAAGCUUGAGCCGCGAGUCUCAACAGUCAUCGACACCUGAACUCCUACAGUCCCAUGAUCGCCCUACGAAUCCGCGCCUGAUCGGUACACCGAAGGGCAAGACGGUCGAGUUGAGGGCAAAUUCUAGCAUACCGGCCGAUCUCUCGUGGCCUGAGUUCGGAAGACAAUGCAUUCUGGCAGCAGAGAGCAGUAGACUGAAUCCGUUUGCGUUGCAUCCGGCGGAGUAUAGACUGCUGCGCAACCACAUCAACCAUGCGCAAGUCACCAUUUACCUCAAUAUUCGGAAUGCAAUCCUGCGACUUUGGCACCGCAAUCCCUUGGUCUAUGUCUCAUUUGAAGAAGCUGCAGGCUGCACUCGAGACAAGCGCUUCUUCAACUUGACAAAAGUGGCUUAUCUGUGGCUUCUCAGGAACGGCUAUAUCAACUUUGGUUGCGUUGAGAUCCCCGGUACCGCACCAGCAGUAUCAAGGAGGAAAACUAGAGACACACCGCAAAAAACGAUUGUUGUAGUUGGUGCUGGGAUGUCCGGUCUGGGCUGCGCGAGGCAAUUGCAAGCGCUGUUCGCCCAGCUGGCAGACCAGAGUACAGGUGGAGGCGAACGACCACCGAAGAUCAUCAUCCUCGAAGCUCGUCCACGAGUAGGCGGUAGGGUAUACUCUCACCCCUUCCUCGACCAGACCAACUCAACCCUCCCUGCGGGACACCGUUGUACAGCUGAGAUGGGCGCACAGAUUGUCACAGGUUUCGAACACGGGAACCCACUAAAUGCUAUUAUUCGUGGGCAGCUUGGCAUCCCAUACCACGGCCUCCGCGAUAACACGAUACUUUACGACUACGACGGAACAGUUGUAGACAGGAACCAGGACAUGUUGGUUGAAAACCUAUACAAUGAUGUUCUGGAGCGAGCGAGCGUUUAUCGAAACAAAGCGCCGACACAACGGAUAGUAGAAGGUGAUCGAAAUCUCAUACUGUUUGGUCGUGACGCGAACGACAAUGGCGGACCGACAAUUGCGGAAAUGGAGAAUUCAGAUGCACCUCUGUCUGUAAAUGCGAAAAGCACAGCAUCGACAACAGAAGAAAAGCCUACAACAGGGGUGGAGAAGCUAGCUGGUAGGGCCUACCAGCUGAGUGCUGGUUACAAUCCAAACAUCACAGCAGCCGAGACAAUACAGAGUCUAGGGUGGAAGAUCAAACCAGGAGCGUCAAUGUCACAGACCGUAGACUUGGACGCUGCUGCGAAGCUGUCAGAGUACCCCACACUAGGCCAAACUAUGGACGAAGGUAUCAAGCAAUACCAAGCCAUUGUCGACAUGAAGCCCAAGGAUAUGCGGCUGCUGAGUUGGCACCACGCCAACCUUGAAUAUGCCAACGCAGUCAGCGUCAACAAGCUCAGUCUGAGCGGUUGGGAUCAGGACAUGGGUAACGAGUUCGAAGGAGAGCACUCUGAGGUCAUUGGAGGCUACCAGCAGGUUCCACGAGGACUCUGGAAGUGUCCUGAUCAGCUAGACGUUCGCUUCAAUACUCCGAUCAAGUCGGUACGCUACAACACAGAGGAGCACCAGAUCGGAAAGGCGGUUACGAUCGAAUCGAUGAACGGACAGACCUUUGAGGCUGACCGUAUCAUCUUGACAACACCUCUGGGGGUGUUGAAGUCGGGGUCCAUAACGUUUCAGCCGCCACUACCAGACUGGAAGCAGGGUGUGAUUGAGCGCAUGGGCUUCGGGCUGCUGAACAAGAUCAUCCUAGUAUACGAGAAAGCCUUCUGGGAACCCGACCGUGAUAUGUUCGGCUUGCUGAACGAAUCUGAGCACGAGGACAGCCUUCGACCUGAACACUACAACGCGCGGCGGGGAAGGUUUUAUCUGUUUUGGAAUUGCAUCAAGACCAGUGGCAAGCCGACACUUGUUGCGCUUCUGGCCGGCGACUCUGCUCAAUACGCGGAAGCAACGUCGAACGAUCAGCUGGUCAAGGAAGUUACAGACCGGCUCGAUUCGAUGUUUGCGCCGAACUCCGUCCCACUGCCCACAGAGACCAUUGUCACGCGAUGGAGUAAAGACCCCUUUGCUCGAGGGAGUUACUCUUACGUCGGUGCGACGACACGAACGGGCGAUUACGACGUAAUGGCUCGUCCUCAUGGACCAUUGCACUUUGCGGGAGAAGCGACCUGUGGAACACACCCUGCUACGGUCCAUGGCGCAUAUCUUUCAGGCCUCCGAGCUGCCGCUGAGGUGUAUGAGACAAUGACUGGACCGAUCGAGGUUCCCAGUCCGCUGGUGGAGAAGAAGAUCAAGCUCGAGCAGCUUGCAACUCCCUCUUUCGCCGACUUCAAGCCGGGGUUCGCACCUGCAGUGCUGCCAGCUCAGACCACAAAGACGGCACGAGCUCAACGGGAUGAAGAUUACGAGGCUGCCAUCAUCGGCGCCAUCCUCGAGGAGGUUGGUGAGAGGCCGAUCAAGCCAGGACGAUCUGGAGUCAAUCCGUUCUUGCUGUUCACUAAGGACUACUGGUACAUCGUUAAGAAGGAGUGCGACGAUGCCCGUGUAGCUGCCACUGGUAAUUUCGACGCAAAGGCCACCAAGCAGGAGGUGCGAGUUGCUAUUGGUCUCAGAUGGCGCACCGCGGGCGAAGACAUCAAGAAGCCUUACCAAGACCAGGCUGACAACGCACGAGAGAGUGCGACGUCCAGUGCGGCAGACUUCAAAGAGCGGGUGGCCCACUGGGACAGCGAAGCUGCACGCAUUCGGCAGGCGUACAUUCAGAAGAAUCCCCCACCUGGCGGGAACGAGGACUUGAUUCUCAACAGCCGGACAGCUAUUGAGCUGGGAGCUGGCAAGCGACUCCGGAGACUGUGAAGUAUGCAUUACUUUUCAUUUUAGAUUCUGUUGUAUCAACAUGUAUAAUUGUUCGCAUUCGACUGCGCGGCACCAGCAUUUCAAGGGCGUUCGCGGGAGGGCCAGGCCUCGGACAGACAUCGUCUGCGAUGCUGGGGAUCGAAGCCAGGCGGCUAAAUGGUCGGGCGGCUUGUGGGAGGAUUAGUGCAUUUGCGCCAUUUCGCGUCUGUGGCGUCGAACAGAUGAGCAGGCGGGGGGCCCAGUGCCCGCUUGAACACAACGGCAUCAGCAGCUGAUGCUGGUUCUGCAAGUAAUGCAGUAAUAAGACGUGUGUCGAUGCAGCCCGCGCUCUGGUU